AUUCCAGCUCUCCUAGCUCGGUAUAGCAGUCCCCCAAGAUCCCGAGAGAGCUCCUUCUCGGGGCUCCCCGUUACUUAGAAAGUCCUUCCCUGUUUUUCAGCUUUCAGAGAAUCUGGCUCCUAAGAGGAGCCUGCCUUAACCGUUCGUUUCGACCUCUCCAACUCUCCCCUCCGUUACAGGAUAUUAAAAGAAAAAAAAACGUAAUCGGCGAUCGAAUACUCGGUAUAAAACAGAAUAGUAGCCACCCUUUAUAAGGGGAUUGGUUCACAGAACUGCCAUGGCUGGCAAUUCGAGCUCGUCGAUGACUUCUUGUCUGCCUUUUCAAUCCCGAUGAAAGUUCAUGGCUUCUUAGUACUCACUCCUAAUCCCUCCGAAUCUGACAGACAACUUUGUCUGAAAAAUCCGUACAGGCGAUUUCCCAAGUUUUCUUCUUCCAAUUUCCCAAAUGAUGGGAUGGAUCGUGGUCAUGUCGGAACCCGCUGCGUCAAUCAGAGUGUUUUGAUAUGGGUUGGAGUCAUGACGUCGACGAGCGGAUAUUCAAAAUUUCAAAGAGAAAGCCUUUUGCCAUUAUGACGAAGCUCAGAAGCCGAAGAGACACCUUGGAGAUUCGCAAAUCACGAGAAACCUUUUUUUUCUUUUCUUUAAAAGGGACACGAACGAGCCUUCUUGCUGGAGAACCUCGGCUCGGACCCACGAAAGCGACUGUCUUCGGCGAAUUUACGGGAGCAUAGCCAUGAACCGCGGUGGCUGCAGUAGUUCACGGGGUCGUUCUACGGCUUCUGGGUGCCCGUCCGAUCGCUGGAAAAUUGAAAUUCCGGAGGGUUCUUCUUCUCCGCCUCCGUCAUUUGGUCGGAAGCCUUGUAGUGAAGAGGAUUCUAGUAGUGCUUGCGACUCCGACGGUUUGGGGAAUUGUUCCGAUAGGGAUAAUAUGAAGCCCUUUGAUAUAUUCCUCGAGAAGAAGGGGACUCCGUUCACGCUAAAGCCUCCCUUGCUUGCCCAGAACAGAGAAAGGAGAAAUGCCGUUAAGAAAUCUACUGUAGGGCAUAACGGAGUUGUGCUUCGAUCCGGGAUGGUGCUUCUGAAGAAUUUCUUGUCAAUGGAUGAUCAGGUGGUGAUACUGAAAACUUGCCGCCAGCUUGGUUUGGAUGAAGGUGGUUUCUAUCAACCAGGCUACAGAGAUGGAGCUAAUCUCCGUUUGAAAAUGAUGUGCCUUGGAAAAAACUGGGACCCUGAAACAUGUCAGUAUGGGGACACUCGACCAGUUGAUGGCGCAAAACCGCCAAAAAUUCCUCUUCAGUUCAAUCGGUUCGUCGAAAGGGCCAUUAAAGAAUCGCAGACUCUGAUCGCUAGAAACUCCAAGAGGGCCAAUGGGGAAGAUGGGAUCCCUUCUAUGUCAGCCGACCUCUGUAUUGUUAACUUCUAUACAUCUACUGGGCAGCUCGGUCUUCAUCAGGACAAAGAUGAGAGUGAAGAAUCUCUGCAGAAGGGACUGCCUGUGGUUUCGUUUUCCAUUGGAGAUUCAGCAGAGUUCUUGUAUGGCGACCAGAGGGAUGUCGACAGGGCGGAUAAGGUCGUCUUGGAUUCUGGAGAUGUUCUGUUAUUUGGCGGCAAAGCUCGGAAAGUCUUUCAUGGUGUGAAGUCAAUUCUUCCCAAUACCGCUCCCAAGACGCUCCUUCAACUAACAGAUCUCCGUCCAGGUCGUCUGAAUCUAACUUUUAGACAGUACUGAAAUCCUUGGUACUGUUUUGUGCUCUUCAUCUGGUUUUUCUAUGUUUUCUGUCUGGACAACUUUGUCUCUUUGAAGUGAAAUUCAAGUUCCUUAUUUAGCUACA